GGCGAAUUUACCGACAGGAACUCUGCUUCCACCGAUGUCAAUGUCUCAACGACACUUUUUUUUUCAUCGGAUAAAAACUAGGUCCUCAGGCAGAUCGUGAGAUGACCUGGGCCGCACAAGCCCGGCGUCAAGCUUUCUUUCUCUCAUCAUCGUCGACAAGGACCCGCGAGUAUUUGAGCUCAAAGCGGAAGCUAGAAGCUUGUCGUUCAUCGACAUAUGUCCCUUGGAGUCCUAUGGUCCAAAGGGUACGACGCCGGCACUCGCUGAAUUCUCGUUGAGGGAUAUCAAAACCAAGCCGGACGAUGCGGGUUCGAGUCUCGCUAGGACUGUUACGAUCCGUUUUCCGCUGGACGGACGCGAAAUAUGCACAGUACAGUGACGCAGGAUGACUUGAUUUACGGCCAAGGUCAAACACGGUC